AUGAAGAAAUGUAUUCGGUCAACAUACAAGAUAGAGGAAUUUGAAGAAAAGUGGAAGGAAUUGAUGAAAGAAUAUGCAUUGGAUAAUGAUGACUGGUUGAACAAUUUAUAUGACAUACGUUCUUCUUGGGUUCCUGUUUAUAAUCGUAGCAUAUUUUUUGCAGGAAUGAACACUACUGGACGUAGUGAGGGUAUUAAUUCUUUUUUCGAUGGAUUCAUUACACCGACAACAAAUCUUAGAGAGUUUGUUGUCAAAUAUGACCAAGCAUUGAAGAGAAUCAUGGAUAGAGAAAGUGAUGAAGAUUUUGAAUCAGAACACAAGUAUCGCAUUGUGAAUGAAGGAGAAUUCAUUUUGAAACAUGCUGCGAAUUUGUAUACUAGAAAUGUUUUCAAUAAGUUCAAGGAUGAAUGGAGUAAAGUUAAUCUCUAUAAAGUUGAAGAAAUGCCAUGUGACAACGAAUAUCAUGCAUACCUAGUGAAAACAAAACUUGGAGAGCAUGAAGAGUUUGUGGUGAAGUUAAAUUUGCAAACAUAUAAAGCAUCUUCAAAUGAGGCAUACACAACUUUCAUGGAAGCUAUAAAGGAAUUGUCCAAGAAACUGUCAGAAAAUUCUACUCAUCAUGCAACAAUUCCUUCCUCAACAACAGGUGAUCCAUGUAGUACUAAUAUUGAUUCCUCUCAAUUGUUGCUUUUGGACCCCAAUAUCUCACAAACUAAGGGUAGAAAGAAGGAUAAUAUUAGCGGUUCCAAAAGGAUAAAAAGUGGAAUUGAGUUGGCUCAAAACAAGAAGAAAAGAAAGUGUGCAUUAUGCAAAAAGAUAGCACAACAUGACAAAAGAAAUUGUCCAUCAAAUCUGAAAAGAAGAAAGAAUGAAUCAACAAAUCCAUGCAAUGAAGAGUUAGAAGACUUGUGCCAAGAUAUGGAGAGUGAUGACCAAGAAUAUUGUUAA